UCCUAAAUCCAAACAUUUAUAUAAUCACAAUUAAUUUUGUGAGGUACAAAGAUAAUAUAUAGUAAAUAGAAAGAAAAAAAAUAAAAGUUAUGUCUUCCAAUCCACAAUUUUCAUCUAAAAUUUCCAAUUUGCGAUCACUAGUUCGCCGUGUUUAUGAGACUGUAGAGCCUAGAUCAGAAACGAAAGAAACUCCUCAAACUUAUCUUCUGCAUGUUUAUCUUCCUGGUUUUACAAAGGAUCGUAUAAAGAUUACAUUGUUAGAUUCAUCACGAAUGGUGAAGAUUACAGGUGAACGACCAAUUCAAGGAAACAAAUGGAGAAGAUUUGACCAAACAUAUCCAGUACCAGAAAAUAGUGAGGCAGAGACACUUGAAGCCAAUUUUGAACAAGGAACACUGAUCCUUAAAAUACAAAAAAAGCUCAUUUCACAAUCACAGCAACAAGUGGAACAAAGUCCACAAGAUCUUUCAAAUAAUAAAGCUUUAUCUGAAGCAAAACCUGAAAAACUCCAAGCAGAAGACAACAUGAAAAGUGAUUCACCUCAAACUCAAAGCUUUGAGAAAAAGACACAAAAUGUUACUCAUGAUGACACAUUAUCUCAAAUUCCUCAAGAUACAAUUAGCAAUAAUAAUAAUAAUCCUCAAAAGGAUCAACAUGAAUUUGAGCCAAAACCAACAGUCAUUGAGAAAACCAAAACACAAAUAGAUGAAAAGCCUCAAAAUGGCCAAGAGGAAUAUCAGCCAAAAUCAACAACAAUAGAAGAAACCAAAACUGAAAUAGAUGAGAAGCUUGAAAAGGGUCAAGAGGAAUUUAAACCAAAAACAACAACCAUAGAGAAAACCAAUACACUAACAAAUGAAAAGUCUCAAAAGGGUCAAGAGGAGUUUCAGCCAAAACCAACAACCAUAGAGAAAACUAAAACUCAAAUAGAUGAGAAGCUUGAAAGGGUUCAAGAGGAAUUUCAACCAAAAACAACAACCAUAGAGAAAAUCAAUACACUAACAAAUGAAAAGUCUCAAAAGGGUCAAGAGGAAUUUCAGCCAAAACCAACAACCAUAGAGAAAACCAAAACUCCAAUAGAUGAGAAGCUUGAAAAGGGUCAAGAGGAAUUGAAACCAAAAACAACAACCAUAGAGAAUAUCAAUACACUAACAAAUAAAAAGUCUCAAAAGGGUCAAGAGGAAUUUCAGCCAAAACCAACAACCAUAGAGAAAACCAAAUCUCAAAUAGAAGAGAAGCUUGAAAAGGGUCAAGAGGAAUUGGAGUCAAAACCAACAUCCACAAAGAAGGAAGUUAAUGAGAAAAAUGAGAUGCCUUAUGAGUCAAGCAAGACUAUAAAAGAUGUGAAGAAUCAUAAUUUAACAGAAAAGGAAAUUGAAAAUACACAACUUUUUCCUCCAGAAAAUGAAAAGGAAUCAUCUGGCUGCGGAACUUCUCUUAAUGAAGAAGGGAAGAAUGGAAUCAGAAAAAUAGCUGCUGCUUCUUCUCAGUUUAUAACAAGAAUUGCAGACGGGAAAUGGAGGGGUGAAGAGAGACAUUUAGUUGAAAAUAUAGGUGCUGCAGUUCUAGUGAUUGCAGCAUUUGGAGCCUAUGUAUCAUAUAGGUUUUCCUCUUGAGAGAGAACUAUAAUUAACUAGUUCUAUACUCAAUCCUUUCUCACACUUGUAAAUGAAGAAAUAAUGAAUCAUAAAUAAUGGUGGCUUAAGUACAUCUUCAUCCAUGAUUCUUAAUUUCCACUUUAUCCUAAAAGCAAAUAUAAAGUUGUAAGCUUAAUUGAUUAUAUAGAUAAAUUGUUAUAAUAUUUUAUCUCA